CUCUUGUAAUGGGUGUUCUGCCCACUGAGCCACAACAGCGGAGAAGAAGAAGAAGAAUUCUCAGCUCUGAUUGACAUAUUGGAAUCGUUAUUAAAAUACGUAGAACCGCAAAGAUGCGUGUACACGAGAGAAGGACGCGUAAUAACGUACAAUUAUUCGUACGUUGUCAAUAUGUGGCUCAAGGGCGGUCAGGCGUGUUGUUUACACGCUGUUAUAUGAUGUAUGCUAUCACAUAGGAAGAGCCAGAAGCUGGUUAUUGGAAAGCAGUAUUAUGCACUAAGCGGUGGAGUGCACAUUAUUGUGCAAGGUAAUUGUGGCGAAAUUUAAUCUGGUUGUUGAGACUGGUGCACCUUGAGGGAAUCCGUUUUUCGAGCCAGGAACGACGAUGAGUCUGCCAGGUCUACCGCAAGUUCUGGUAACCAGCAGCGACGUACCGUUAGCCGCCCUCGACUUGCUUCGAACAAAAUGCAACUUGACAAUUUUACCAGGCCCUAUAAGUACUCGAGAACAAGUGUUGCAAGCGCUUCCAGGUCAAGACGCUGUGUUUCUCGCUGAUCAUCAAAUUGUCAAUAACGAGUUCCUCGAUGUUGCUGGUCCAAAUUUAAAAGUUGUGUCGGCAAUGUCCGCCGGAUAUGAUCACUUGGACGUUCCAGCUAUUAAGAAAAGAGGAAUCAAGAUUGGACAUACGCCAAUGGUGCUGUCCGCUGCAGUUGCAGAAAUUGCUGUGUUUUUGAUGUUAGCCGCAGCAAGACGCACCCACGAGGGUCGCACGAUGCUGGAACAGGGUCAGACAGAAAGGAGACCGCAAUGGUUGCUGGGACAGGAUUUACAGGGCUCUACAGUCGGCAUUUUUGGUUUGGGAAAUAUUGGUCAAGCUACCGUUAAGCGAUUAACCGGCUUCGAAGUGGGACGCUUUAUCUACACCGGACACUCGCGCAAGAAAGCAGGAGAUGAACUUGGGGCGACGUUUGUAUCUCUGGAUGAGCUUUUAAAAGAAAGUGACUUCCUCGUAAUCUCCGCUCCGUUGACCAACGAAACCAGAGAGCUCUUCAACGACGAAGCUUUCGACAAAAUGAAGAAAACGGCCAUCCUCGUGAACAUAUCUCGUGGCCAACUCGUCGAUACCGGGUCGCUCGUGAGAGCUCUUCGGAAUAAGAAGAUAUUCGCCGCCGGGCUCGAUGUUACUGAUCCGGAACCGCUACCACCGGGUCAUCAACUUCUGAAGCUACCUAAUGUCGAAAUCGUGCCACAUAUUGGCAGCGCAACCCUCAAAACCCGCAGUGACAUGGCAUUGACCGCAGCACAGAACAUUCUCAAUGGUCUUGAGGACAAACCUUUAAUUUAUCCUUUAUAGUAAAUCACUUUUAUUAUAUGCUUGUGUUUCUUAUAAGAUUAUUUUCAUCUAAUAAAUAUCACUAGAUACAA